CUUGUGUAGAAGCUGGUGAACUAUCAGCAUUCGUCAUCAGAGAUCAAGUUUUUUGAUUACGAUCUUGGUGCUCGCUCCUGUAAAGGUCAUGACUCUGUAUAAGGCGGUUCGCUUUGAAUGGUCUCUUCACCAGUAUCUUUUCUCGGCUGGUGGCUCUGGUUGUCACUAUUGGGACUAUAACCUCUUGCGGGUGAUGGCAUCGGAUCCGGGUAGGUUCCACUUGCAUUCUGAUGUGCCAACCCAUGCUUGGGGGGUUUUCGGGAAGUGGUAUUCUCGUCUGGGUCCGAGAGACCCAACCAGCCUAUUCUUUAUGGCCAGUUCCAGACCUACGCGGAGUGGUGGCAAGAUUGGUUUGGCGAGGAGGAGGAGGAGGAGGAGUAGAACGAUGUUGAAUGGAAGAAUCGGAACAGCAGAGAUUGCUCAGGUAAGGAUCGUUCUUUUACUCCUCCCCGCGUCCAUCACUUGUUCCUUUUGGCUUUUUUGUUUUCCUCCUUCCUGAGGCAGUCACUCUUUUACUCUUUUCUGGGGGGGCCAUCCCCGGCGGUGGUUGAGGUUUA